AUUUCCAUCUCUUCUGUCAGUGCCAACAGCAUGGAGAAGCAAGUUGAGGUUCGAAUGCAUGAGUGUCACUUUGAAGCUCCAGCUCCCCCUCCAGGGCCAGCAUGUGGAGGUCUCUGUAACAAAUUCAUGAAGAACUUGCUUCUAGCACUCACAGUGCUUGGUGUGAUUGUAGGCUCAGUGGCUGGUGCCCUUCUGCGUUAUGCAUCUCCUCUUCACCCAGAUGUUAUCAUGAUCAUCGCUUUCCCUGGUGAUAUUCUCAUGAGAAUGUUGAAGAUGGUGAUUUUGCCCCUGAUCAUCUCCAGUUUAAUCACAGGUCUGGCAGGUUUAGAUGCCAAAUCUAGCAGUCGUCUCGGCACCAGAGCCAUGGUGUAUUACAUGUCCACAACCAUCAUUGCUGCAGUGCUGGGGGUGCUUCUGGUUCUGGCUAUCCACCCGGGCCACCCCAAACUAAGAUCACAUUUUGGAGAGGGCAAGAAGAACGAUGAUGUGUCCACUUUGGAUGCCUUAUUUGACCUAAUCAGAAAUCUCUUUCCAGAGAAUCUGGUACAAGCUUGCUUUCAGCAGAUUCAGACUGUUACAAAUAAGGUAGAGGUAGCAACACCUCAUCAUCCACCUCAUCAUCCAUCUCAUCAUCCACCUCAUCAUCGGUUUGGACGAAAUACCACCAAAUGGGCGGCAAAAUAUGUUAUGAAGAAAUCUCUUCAAUUCAAGAGUGGCAUGAAUGUUUUAGGGCUCAUUGGUUUCUUUGUGGCUUUUGGAAUCUGCAUGGGAAAGAUGGGGGAGAAAGCCAAGCUGAUGAUGGACUUCUUCAACGUUCUCAAUGAAAUCGUCAUGAAACUUGUUGGCAUGAUUAUGUGGUAUUCCCCUGUGGGCAUUGCAUGCCUGAUCUGUGGCAAGAUUAUUUCCAUUAAUGACCUGGAGGUGGUGGCCAAGCAGUUGGGCAUGUACAUGCUCACAGUCAUUGUGGGCCUCAUCAUCCAUGGUGGCAUAUUCCUCCCACUGAUAUAUUUUGUCAUUGUUCGUAAAAACCCUUUUACAUUUUUUAUGGGAGUAUUUCAAGCUUGGGUGACCGCUUUAGGAACAGCAUCUAGUGCUGGUACGCUGCCUGUUACGUUUCGUUGCCUGGAGGAAAACUUGGGCAUUGAUAAAAGGGUUACUCGAUUUGUGCUUCCUGUUGGUGCGACAAUCAACAUGGAUGGCACGGCACUUUAUGAGGCAGUAGCAGCCAUUUUCAUCGCACAGAUGAAUGGAAUAAAACUUGGUCCUGGUCAGAUUGUUACAGUCAGCCUGACAGCUACUCUUGCUAGUGUGGGAGCUGCCAGUAUUCCCAGCGCUGGCCUCGUCACCAUGCUGCUCAUUCUCACCGCUGUGGGACUGCCCACCCAAGACAUCAGCUUACUGAUCGCUGUCGACUGGCUUCUGGAUCGCUUCCGAACAUCGGUCAACGUUAUUGGAGACUCUUAUGGAGCGGGCAUCGUGUACCACCUCACCAAAGAUGAGCUCAACAUGCUUGAUGCCCAGCAGAUGAGAACAGAUGACUUCGAGAUGACCAAAUCACAAUCCUUAUAUGAGAAUAACACAAACCAUGGUGUAUAUGCAUCGUACAACUCCUCUCCACAAGUGCUAAUAGAUGACUGCAAGAUCAACUUGACCCCAAAUGGCUCUCCUGCUGUCUUUUCCAUUAUUGAGGAGGAACCUUGGACUCAAGAGUAAAACAGCACAAAGAUCCAGCUUCGCCUUAUGCCGAGUGCUACAAGCUUGCUAUUCUGGGUGAAAACAAUUUAAUGAAUGCAGACUUUACAUUUAUGAUGACAACCACAAGCAUCAAACAACUAUUUGCAUGCAUUAUACCAGCACAAACAAUUGUAUAAUGAACUCCUCAUGAUCUUGGUGACUUAGGUUAAAGUUUGUUCUCCAUUCUGUUGUUAGGGAUUUAUGCCUGUGAUCUUAAGGUUGAAAUCAGUGGUUGACAUAAGUAAGGUUCCAGUGCAACUGUCCUCUCCCAUGAUGGCUGUACCUUUGAGUGAGGGCCAAACCCUCUACCUGCUCAUUGCUGCGAACUUGAGUAAGACCCCAUGACUCCUAAUUGCUGAUGGCUGAGCCAGUGAGCAAAGUUAAAACCUUUAACUGGCAGAAUUUCUCUGAAUUUCAUCAUUUUGUAUAUUUAUUGCAGUCUGUGAAGAGUUCCAGAUCAGGUUUAGGGGCCAAAUACAAGUUUUUGUCCAAAAUUCCACAUAUGGUGUGUCUAACGUAGGGGUUUCCAUGUAAUUGGGAGACAAGAAUUCCCAACCUAUACUCUGAAAGAGCAAUCUGAGGACCCCAUCAACUACCCUCCCAAUACUUUAUUACUUGUUAAUCAGAAAUAUAUGUAAAGCCACAAAUGUUUGGGCGCACUGUUAGUGGCCAGAUGAUGGAAGUGCAACUUGCCCUCACUGACUUGACUUAGACGGAUUAAGCCUUGGUGGUGGCACUCGAGAUCAGCCUCUUACCAUGACAGGCAUUCAACGCGGGGCUGGAUUUUGCAUUCAAUGCUAAUUUUAACCACCAACGAAAAUGCCACCCAAGUAAUUAAACAACCAGAACAGACACAAAGGCUGGUGUCAAACACUGGCAAAUGGUUAUAUAUAUGAGGACAGCUUAUUUGGUACCACCUUUGACAUUCACAGAUUCCUGAGUUACAGUGUUCAUGAUUUAGUGAUUGUCAAAUGAGUUGGUAUGCUGACAUAAUUCUAAAGUUUAUGAACUAUGUAUUCAGCCCAUGCAUGUAUGCACACAUUUAAUUUAAUUUGAUUUGAUUAAAAACCAUGUCUUGCAUGCAGCAAAUGUAAACUGUACAGAAUGCAAAGAUAAGUAAUAUUAACUCCCAAACCACUUUCUUUAAUCCUACAGAAAGUAAACUGUAAAACUGAAUGGAUUUUGCCGCAUUGCCGCAGUGGUGUUAUAUAAGGCUCUCAUCACACAUCACAUACACUGCCAAUGAUGUAUUUAAAUAGAGGGAGGGAAAAAAGAAAAAAAAAAUGAUCAUGGAAAAAAUAGAAUCCAUCCUGAUUCACCGUGAAAAUACACCCUUUACUUGUACUAUAGUGAUCUAUCAUUACUUUUAAUUGUCCAAUCAUUUACUAAUCUUGCUAUUCAUCUUAAAGUGCCUCUUUGCACUUUGUGUAUUUACCAUUAUUUAGGUUUUCUUAUGUGACCUGUGAAAGUAUUAUUAAUUCUAUAUCGAAAUAUAAUAAUAAUUUACAGUAUAUAGUUUUGAAGCCUUGUACUCAGCAUUUUGUUAAUGGUUUACUACAACAUAAACAAAUAGCAUUCAAAUCUUAACUGAAAAGAUUUUUCCACAGCCUGUUUGGAUCAGAUUUUCUGGUGUAGCAUGUAACAUGGUUUUAUCCAGCGAAUUCUUUUAUUUCAGAAUUAAUUUCUGAUUAUAAUAUUAGUGACUAUUAAUUAAUGCAGAAAACCUAGAGGAUACCUUUAGUUAAGGAUACCAUUACAUAUACAGUAUUACAUAUGCAGUACUUUUAAUACCAUGAAAACUGGUGGAGUACAGACAGUGUUUAAGUUCAGGAGUAUUUUAAGUAGAACUGUGUAAAUGUGUAUAUUAUUAAGGUGUACAUGCUCAGGCAGGGCCUGACACAACACCCAGGUUUUUUGUCAGCUGAGAUUUUU